AUGGCUUUGGACAUAAACAUAGAAGAGUUGUUGGUAAUCGAAUAUUCCGACUUGCUCAUCAAUCAAGUGAAAGGAAAUUGGGCAACCAAGAAUGACAAAAUGCUACAAUAUGUAAACCUGGUACAGAGACUGUGCGGACGAUUAGAAAGCAUUAAUUUCAGGCAUACUCCGGGGGCUCAAAACGAGUUUGCUGACGCAUUAGCCACAAUAGCCUCCAUAAUUCAGCACUCCGAUAGGACUCACAUUGAUCCACUAGAGAACACUCUAAAAGAAGAACAAACUCACUGCACUCACGUCGAGGCAGAGCCAGAUGGAAAACCAUGGUACGUUGACAUCAAGUCAUAUCUGGAGAAAAGAGAGUAUCCACCAGAAAGCUCAGAAAAUUAG